AACUUCUAUUCGCUCGCUUUCAUCUGCAUUGGCCUUUUAACCCUCACUGCAUUUUCAGGUCAUUUGUACCCCCUUCGAAUACAAAAUGCUCAGUUCCAUGGCGCUCACGUCAUCUGUGAAAGUAGUACAAUAAUAUCAACACAGACGGAGAGAGUCUAGUCCAGCGGUGUGUGGAUUUUAACUACCACAUGGUGGAGCACAGCCUCAUCAAACUUUGUUCUGGUUUUAAACCCUGAACUGGGAAACAAAGUUCAACAUUUGGAAAACAUAUUAUUCAAAGCAAAAAGUUUCUCUGCAAUCAACUUUAAUGGAUUGUAACUCAGAAGCCCACAUUUUUCGUCUCUCCUAAAAAUGCCAACCACACGCUUGUGCUGAGAAAACGGAUUGCGAUGAUUGUGCCCAACGUGAGCCUCAGCGGCUGCACAAGGACCAAUAGCGCGCUGUGUGCGGUUGCUGGAGACAGGAAUCUGGAAGCGUCAUACCGCACCAGCCUAAGCCCGACCGGGAACCUGAUAGUCGCUGUGUGUUUGGGCUUUAUUGGUACCUUCGGAUUCCUCAACAACCUCCUGGUUCUUGUCCUCUUCUGCCGUUACAAGGUGCUGCGCUCGCCUAUCAACCUGCUACUAAUUAACAUUUCCUUCAGCGAUCUGCUUGUGUGUGUGGUGGGCACUCCGUUCAGUUUCGCGGCAAGUACGCAAGGAAGAUGGCUCAUAGGAAAAAGUGGAUGUGUAUGGUACGGGUUUGCCAAUUCACUAUUUGGCAUCGUGUCCCUCAUCUCCCUGGCCGUGCUCUCCUACGAGCGCUACAGCACCAUGAUGGGCCCAACCAAGGCCGACUCCACCAACUACCGGAAGGUAGCCUUGGGCAUCACUUUCUCCUGGUUCUACUCCUUGAUGUGGACCCUGCCGCCGCUCUUCGGCUGGAGCCGCUACGGCCCCGAGGGGCCCGGUACCACCUGUUCCGUGGACUGGAAGGCCAAGAGUGCCAACAAUGUCUCGUACAUCCUCUGCCUCUUUGUUUUCUGCCUCAUCAUCCCCUUCCUGGUCAUAGUCUACUGCUAUGGUAAGCUGUUGCAUGCAAUCAAACAGGUUAGCGGCAUCAACACAGCUAUGAGCAGGAAGAGGGAGCACCGUGUUCUUGUCAUGGUAGUCACCAUGGUGCUAGUGUACCUGAUGUGCUGGAUGCCCUACGGGGUCAUGGCCUUGCUGUCCACCUUCGGACGCCCCAGCCUGAUCACCCCUGAGGCCAGCAUUGUCCCCUCAGUCUUAGCCAAAACCAGCACGUUCAUCAACCCCAUUAUCUAUAUCUUCAUGAACAAGCAGUUCUACAGGUGCUUCCGAGCCCUGCUGAGGUGCCAAGAGCCCCAGAGGGGUUCCAGCGUCAGGAGCUCCUCCAAGGCGCCGACCAAAGCUGUCCGUGGUGGCACCAACAAAACCAACGACAACAACUUCACCUUCGAGGUGGCCUCCCUCGGGCAGCCCACCAGCGUAGUCCCCCAGCUGGGGAACGCAACUGUGUACGCAGCCGUCCCCGCUUCCUCUGACAUGGUCAAGCCCAACAUGGUGUCGCUAGUGGCCCACUACAACGGCGAAGGUCUGAGGCCGUCAGGGGUUACGACCUCUAGGAACCAAUUACAGGGAGGGGAGGUGGAUCCAGAGGGUCCGUCAAAGUGGAUUUAGUGAUGUUACGAAGCUUGCCUCUUGCCAGUAUGAUGGACAGGAGGCAUAGAGGGAAAUCUUUGAAAGCCUCAUGACUCUUCGGAAGUGGAGCCACAGGAGCUACUAGUCCGUCUUGAGGAAGGACAUCAAUCUGUCUGGCUCUGCACAAUGUUAUACAUUCUUUCGCCAUUUACUUUCUCAAAUACACCUAUGGACUGAGAGUGGGGAGAAAAGGGUGUGAAGAAACCCUGUUAUUUUUUUACAAUUUCUAAUGUUUUGUCAAAUAUAUUAGUUCUAUGAAAUGUCAUGAUGUGAUUUCACCGUCUGUACCUUUUACAGUACAAAGAUAAAGAGCGAUAAAGAGUGCAUUUUUGUAUUGAUCUGAGAUUGGAAUAACAGAUUGAGGAAACGCAAUUAUUGUAUUCAAGUAUUUUCAGGAGACAGUUUUCAAAGGUGUCAAGAUGACAAAGCGCUAAUGACAAAAAAACAACAAACACUAAAGGUAAUGAUGGGAUUGUACUGUUAAUGAUUUUUUAGCAUUGAUCUACUGCUGAACUCAGCAGUUCCAUCACUCAAACAUAUUCAAUUGUAGCUAGUCACGUAUAUAAUUUGUCAUAAACAUAGGUAGCAUGUGUCUGGCAUGUAUACUUCUUUUGAAAAACAUUUUAUGUAAAUAUGAAAAAAAGUACAAAAAGUUCCAUAUGUGGGGCAUGGAUCUGGAGGUCCAGGGUACUGUUGGUUUUCUUUUCUCCCAGGUGGUAAAUUGAUUGAUUAAUGUAACUUAUUGGCCAGAGAUUCCACUCACUGUGUUAGGUCGCAAUCAGUCCCUGAUUAUUUCUGGCCUUGCGGUCUGGAUCUGAGAAAAGGGGAUCUAAUCUGUUCUGACAAAAAUGUUGUAAUUGUUUUACUAUAUGUUGGGUCUGUAGGCAUUGCAAUCCUCAAGUGACUUGAAUAGAGCCCUGCUAUGUAAUAUAAACUAGCUUUAACAACUUUACAGCAUAAUGUACAAUAGUUUGUUCCUUUUCAUGUGAAAUAUGAUGGCCCGUGUUGUGAUUAAGGGCCUACUACUAGAUAGGUUGUUUACUUUGGCUAAUUUCCUAUUUGAAUAUCAAUGAAGUACUUUGGGACAUAAAACCAUGAAAAUAAUCACAUUUGCAUCAUACCCAAUUGGGUCUGACUGCAUGACUUGUUAUGACAUGAUACUAAAGUGAAAGUAGAGGACUGGUAGAGCAUGUCCUCUUGAGAUAUUGUAUUAUAACCUUAAGUCUUACAAAAUGUACUGUAUACAUUGGUCCUCAACCUUUGAGGCUAUGCUCAGUGCUUCAGGUGGAAUAAAAAAUGUGUAUUGGUGCACCAGUGAGUAGGCCUAAUGGCCCACUUCAUGUACAGUGUGUGCAGUAUGAACAAAGUGCACUUUCUGUUUUUUUUUUUUUAAGUGGAACACAUUUUUGUUCAAAUCUGAAAAAUGCGACUUUUAAAGUGGCAAUCAGCAGCUGAAACAAUAACAAAGCAUCACUGUUUCGCUAAAAGGCUGAGGUAUGGGGCUGGAGAAAUGUAGCACUCUCAUUCAUAGACAGAGCUAUGGAUGUAAGGACAAAAUUAUAGUUUUUACCAUUUACAUCAUUUACAAACAAUGGAGUAAAACAAGCUUAUAUUUUGGUUCUGACGGGGUACGACAGUUGAACUAAGGUCGUGAGGCAUUUCUAAGUUGUUCUUCAAGAAUCAAUGGGUACAUACACAUUUAUAUGUCCAAAAAUGUGUGUAGCAACUGCAGAUUGCCACUUCAACUAUGGACAAACCAGUUAUAGUAUGUAAAUAAUAUUAUACCAAAGCAAUAGAAAUUUCAUACUGUAUUGAGUGUUGCAGUUUAUUAAAGACUUUGAAAACAA